AUGGAUAAUGAAAACCAGCCCGAUACCACCGAAAAUUCUAAUGUUCAUGAUGAAAAUUCGGUGAGCGAAGGCCCCCUUGCUGUCGAAACACUUACUGUUGUUGAAGACGAAGGUGUUACUAAUGAUCAAGACGAAAAUUCUGCUACAGUUGAAAGUGAUGCUGCAGUCGAAGCAUCUAUUCUUAAUGGUUUUCCCUAUGGUCCUUUCGAAUUUUCAGAAAACGAUGGACCUCUCUUAGACCAAAACAUUGAAGAAAGUGAAUAUCCUUUGGGCCCGUGUAAAUUUCAAGAAAGAUAUGAUCCCAUAUUAAACCAACACAUAAGAGAGAUAAUAUCAUUAUCGGAGGAGAUGUCGUAA